UUAAAGAAGUAUGAACAAGAGUAAGAGGUAUGAACCUCGAGUCAUUUUUUAUGCAAUAACUGAAUUUUUUUGCCUUAAGUACAUUUAAAAAGAAGAAAUAUGGACAUCUUGCUUUUGGCUUGUUGCCUUGGCUAUAAAUAAAACUUGGACAUUUUAUAAGUACACUACUCUAUCACUACUGAAAGAGGCAGACUCAACUUGGCAGUAAUAAAAGGACUGCUUUGUUACUUCUGGAUUAAACUGCAGUAGUUAACCGUGUGAUUAAGAAUGUUAAACAUUUAUCACCUGCUAAUUGUUUUCCUGAACUUAGCAGCGGCAAUCUUUUGUGCUGAUGAAUAUAGCAGAGAAGAUUUUCCUCCUGGCUUUAUUUUUGGUUCUGGCACCUCUGCUUAUCAGGUGGAAGGGGCAGCAAAUGUGGAUGGAAGGAGUCCUAGCAUCUGGGACACCUUUGCUCAUGCGGGGAAGAUGGGCGGGGAGACAGGAGAUGUGUCAGUCGACCAGUAUCACAAAUACAAGGAAGAUGUCAAACUCAUGGUUGAAACAGGGUUAGAUGCCUAUAGAUUUUCCAUAUCAUGGCCAAGACUCAUCCCAAAUGGAAGAGGACCUGUCAAUCCAAAGGCCAUACAGUAUUACAACAACCUCAUCGACGAACUUAUCAGCCAUGGCAUCCAGCCACAUGUUACAAUGUACCAUUUUGAUCACCCGCAGGCACUUGAAGACGAAUACGGAGGAUGGCUGAGCCGGAGGAUUAUAAAGGACUUCACAGCUUAUGCAGAUGUCUGUUUCAGAGAAUUUGGUGAUAGGGUUCUAUACUGGACUACUAUGAAUGAGCCCAAUGUCCUUCCAAUUUUGAGUUAUGAUGUGGGAUUGUUGCCCCCUAAUAGAUGCUCUCCUCCAUUUGGAGUCAAUUGUUCUCAAGGCAAUUCCUCAUCUGAGCCUUACUUGGCAGCUCAUCACCUGUUGUUGGCACAUGCUUCAGCUGCGAGAUUGUACAAGAAUAAGUAUCAGAGAAAGCAAUUUGGAUCCAUUGGGAUAAAUGUGUUUGGGUUUGGGUUUUUUCCUCUAACAAACUCAACAGAGGAUGUGCUUGCAACUCAAAGAGCUAACGACUUUUUUGCUGGACUGAUAGUGAAUCCUCUGGUGUUUGGAGACUAUCCUGACACGGUGAAGAAAAAUGCAGGGUUAAGACUACCAUCCUUCACCGAUCAUGAAUCCAAAGUGAUUAGAGGUUCAUUUGACUUCAUUGGAGUGAAUCACUAUGUUACAGCACUGGUCAAAGACAACCCCGCCAGCCUAAAUUUAGAGCAUAGAGAUUAUCAAGCAGAUAUGGCAAUAGAACUUAUCACUGUUGAUUUGGCUAAUUCAUCAUUUGAGUAUCCUAUUAGUCCAAGGGGUAUGCAAGCAGUGUUGGAGUACUUCAAGCAAGUUCAUGGCAACCCUCCGAUUUACAUUCAUGAAAAUGGGCAACGGACCCGACGCGCUUCAUCCUUGGGAGACACUUCAAGAGUGAAAUAUAUGCAGGCAUAUAUUGGAAGUGUGCUUGAUGCUAUUAGGAACGGAUCAAACACAAGAGGGUAUUUUACGUGGUCCUUCUUAGACGUCUUUGAGUUAUUGGGUGGCUAUGAAACAUGCUUUGGUCUCUAUUACGUGGAUAUGAAUGAUCCAGAACUGAAAAGAUCUCCUAAGCUUUCAGCCCAUUGGUACGCUCAAUUUCUGAAGGGAAGAAGAAUUGUUAGUUCAGAUCCAGUUAUUCAGCUUCCACAAAAUGUAUCAGCCUUUUCUAUUAGUCACUUGUUUCAGUAGAUUACAGAUCUAUCAAAAUCCUGUAUGAUAUACCUGAAAAAAAGAAAACGUUAUCCAUUUUAUGUAUGUGAAUUAAGUAAUGCUCAUGCUCGAAAUAAAGUUCAGUGUAUAUCAACAAUUAAAUGCAGCAGCAUUUCUUUCAAAA